GCCGCGGUGACGCCUUGCUCGCGCUAGCGACGCGCUGUUUUCAAAUAGAGUUUCCUUCUAACUCGAAGUGCAGAUGAUUCGAAGAGAGAAACGGAGAGGUUUCUAUGGUAGAGUGGAAGCUUGGUUAUCGAAAUGGCCAUUGAAUUAGACCGUGUAUGUUUAUGCAAAUUGAUGGAACUAUCGCAAUAAGGAGAUAACUCGAUCUUGCAGUAAUUUGGACUGCACGAUGUUGUUCCUGACCGUGACAACGUGUCUGGUGAUGGCGGUACAGGCCGGAUGUCCUAUGCGACCGACCGCGGAACAAACUUCCGCUCCGAGGACUACGGGCGACGGUGGCUAUAGGAUACUCGUUAGCGGGAAGGCCGACAAAUAUAUUCCCAACGCUGUUUACACGAUCAGUUUGCAAGGAUCACAAACGCACGAGAGGCUGCAACAGUUCACGCGUUUCACGCUCUCGGUGAAUUCUCAACACGCUCCAAAUAAUCUUAACGCUCGUGUAGGAUACUUUCAACUGUUUUCCGAUUCUUUGACCACGUUCAAUGAAGACUGCGUCAACACCAUCUCGGAAGCUUCCGAUUAUCCGAAAACGGAGAUCCAAGUGAUGUGGAAGGCACCGCCGUCAGGAUCAGGAUGCGUUAUCUUUACAGCUAUGGUGCUGGAGAACAGCGUGCGAUGGUACGCCGAGGACGUUGGCUUAACCAAGACCUUCUGCGAAAUGGAAGCAGCCGAGAGCGCGACCUUCAAUGUGGACAAGUGCUGCGCCUGCGACGAGGCAAAAUACUCGUUGACAAUGGAAGGACUCUGGUCAAACGUGACUCAUCCAAAAGACUUUCCAUUUUCUAUUUGGUUGACCCACUUCAGUGACCUAAUCGGCGCUUCUCACGUGCCGACAUUUUCCUUCUGGGGUAAGGACCACAUCGCAACUGAUGGCUUCCGGCAGUUAGCUGAGUGGGGAUCCGCGUCAGGAGUAGAAUCUGAGCUCAGGGCUCAGACCGGAAAUAAAUUAAAAACGCUCAUCAAAGCUGCUGGAUUGUGGUACCCAAACGUAAACAGCAAUACUACCAGCAGUUUCAAAGUGGAUAGGCUACAUCCCAUGAUAUCUGCAGCUUCCAUGUUUGGCCCUUCUCCAGAUUGGGUCGUCGGUGUUAGUAAACUAAAUCUCUGCAGAAAGGACUGUACCUGGACCAAAAGCGAGAUAAUCGAUUUAUACCCGUGGGACGCUGGCACUGACAAUGGAAUCUCCUACAUGUCGCCCAAUUCUGAAACAAAGCCGCGCGAGAAGAUGAAACCAAUCACCACUCUGUACCCUGAAGAUCCCAGAUCACCGUUUUACGACCCAACUGGAAGGCCCAUGCAGCCAUUAGCCAGGUUGUAUUUGAACAGAGAGAAAAUUAUUCCGCGGGGUUGCGACGAGGAAAUUCUUCAGCAACAAGUCACGCAGCUCGAGGUAGCUGAGAACACCGAGGAUACUUCUAGACCCGAAUGUCAGACUACAGACUACACAGCUUGGUCAAGCUGCUCGGUGACUUGCGGCAAAGGACUGAGAAUGCGUACCAGGUCGUAUCUAAUGCCUGAAAAAGCAGCAAUGUUCAAGUGCAACAGGCAAUUAGUUUCAAAGGAAAUGUGUGUCUCAUCGAUCCCGGAAUGCCCUGGAGAGGAGGAGACAGACGAUACUGAUUUGCUGCCGGUUCUUAAUAAUCCUUUUUGCGAGACAACUGAUUGGGGUUCCUGGUCCGAGUGCUCCUCUACGUGUGGUCCGGGGCUAAGGAUGAGAACAAGACGAUUCCACAAUAGCAUGGGUCGUAAACGAUGUCCUCACGUUUCCAUUGUCGAGAAAGAAAAAUGUAUGGAAGCGGCGUGCGUGCCUGGCUUAGAGGAACAGAUCGAUCCUACGUGCAAGGUGACUGAGUGGUCCGAUUGGUCUCCGUGUAGCGCUUCUUGCGGAAAGGGGGUAAAAUUGAGAACCAGACUGUUGAUGGUAGACCCGUCACAGCAGCAACAUUGCUCCUCUAAAUUGGAAUUGCUGCAGCAACGUCCGUGUUUGGAGCAGGCUGACUGUACUUUCGACAUGGCGACUGCAAAAGUGGUCUGUAUGGAACAAGCUGAUCCUGGACCCUGCAGGGGUUACUUCCAGAGGUGGGCGUUCGUUCCUCAGAAACUGAUGUGCGUACCCUUUGGCUAUGGAGGUUGUCGUGGUAACAGGAACAACUUCUUGACUGCUGAAGAGUGCAACAAUACCUGUCGCAUUGUACGAGACAUUCUUAGCGGGCAGCCUGUAAGUGAAGCUGACGCUAGAAAUGGUCUGAUACCUCGCGCAGAACCUGUCGAUUGUCGUGUGAGCAAGUGGUCAGCUUGGUCACCUUGUAGCGUCACGUGUGGUACAGGUCGCGUUACCAGUUAUCGUACAAUCCUGCAAGAGCCACAAAACGGAGGAAAUCCUUGUCCCAAGAAGCUUCAGCGGCGAUUCAGAUGCCAGCUAGCACCAUGCGAAUAACACUUUGAAGAAAUUCGAUCUUUAAUCAACUGGCACGACGAAUAAAAGGUGAAAUAUACAUCUGGGACUUCAUACAAAAAAAGUUGUUGGUUUUAUAUAAAAAAUUUUGUAAAGAAGUAUUGCUUCUCUGAAAUUAUGAAUUCUGGUGACAGAUCAUAACAUUAGUUUGUAUAUGAUAUGACAGGUAUGAAAGAAACCGAUGUAUCAGAAUAAAUGGUAUUUUAUUAAUGGUCA